AUGCAAUGUGCCUGUUUCCUGGAAGGUGUUGCGCCCUUCUAUAAUGACCGUGUUACACUGAGGGGAUGGCAGAGGAUUGAUGUGUAUGUGGCUGAUGUUGGACGAGUUUGUGACCCUGUGGAUCCUGCUCAUGGGCUACAGCAGGCAUUUGACGACGAUGUUGUGGCUCUUUUUGAUUUGGGACAACAUGACACAGCGGGCAGCAGUUGGGCGGAAGCGCGCCAAGAGCUGUUUGACCGGGCUCUUUUCCAUGCUGAAAUGGAUGAUCAUUUCGAUGCCUUGGUGGCACAUAUGGCGCACCUUGCGCAGGUCGUCCUUUUUUUGGCGGAUGGACAAGAUGCCAUGCAUGGUUUUGUCAUUCAAAAUUGGCGUGGGCAGUCGUUUGUGAACAUGGUGGAGCAUAGGUGGGAGCACUUGGGAGGCCUGCAGUGGGACUUUAUCAUGCUCCGACUCAUGCCCUCCAUGUUCGACUACCACGGGCGCAUGAUAAUGUUGAUCAUCCCGCCAGCAGUCCUCCUGGAACAGAAUGCCUACCCGGAGGUGGUGAUUGAGUGGACCUUUCAGCUGCGUCAACGGGAUCAGGCAACCUGCCUAUGGCAGAAUGCGGACUUGGCAUACAACUUGUCCCCAGCUGGCCUUCCGCCGGAUGUGUUCGAAGAAUGCUACAUGAAGGAAGGCAGGGUCUUUUAUGUGGCAUCGGAGACUGCUGAUUUAGUGCAUAUCGUUGCGGAGCUGGAGUUGGUUGGUCUUCAGCGGGACAUAGCCCCACAUGUGAAGGUGCUUCAGACCCCAACGAUGGUGACUAAGGGCUACCUCUACCAGCAAUGGUUCAAUGUGGCCCAGCUUGAAGCCGCCAGUGAUCUUCCUCUAGUGUACCGCAAUGGACAACCUGUACACCAAGACGCUUUUGAGGUCAAAGAGAGCGACUACAUCCUGGUCAAGGUCUUGGAUCCUGAGGAUAUCAGGGAAAUGAAGCGGCAACGACAGUGCCCUGCUGGUACAAGUUCUUCAGAUUCAGCACCGUUGGAGGCGCUCACUCCGAGUGCUCAGGCAGCUGUUGGGCCAAGUUUGAUGCAGCAAAGUCGUUCCCUUGGUCCACACCGCACUUUUGCUGAUAUUCUUGGUGGACGUGAAAGAUCAAGAUCCCCCCCAGUUGGCGUGGACACUUUGAAGGUUUAUGGGGAGAACCUUCUUGUCAAGGAAUGCCCUUGUGCAACGAACACGUGGAUGCACGCUGCACGCACCUGCAUCCUUGGGCCUGAUUGCCUUGCCUUGCCGGGCUAUGUGAUGGAGAAUGCUUAUGUCAUGGAGAUCUACCCCCCACUGAAAGAACCAAGCCGUGUGGUGCAUUCGUUCCUCUUCGCCUCUAGUGGAACUCUGAGACCUGGGCAGGUGCUGAUCUUUGUGGAACUCAUUGAGAACGUCCCCAAUACCAUUGGCCGGCAUUCCAAAACCAGGCGAGUUCUUAAGGUCCAUGCUGAGUAUACCAGGGCACAACUCGCGGCUGAUCUUGGUGUGACGGAGAAAUGCUCUACAGUGACCUGCUUAGUGCUGCAAGGUGAGGAGGCAGGUGGCCACACGACCAACUCACACCUUUGCUUCAAUGGCCAGAGUGAGACUCCCUCCACCAGGCAGGUGAUCUCCUUAGCUGACUUGAUUGGUAUGAAAUUCCGCCCGGUGUACAAGAGAGAACGUAAUGAGCAUCAACACCAGUAUGGCGUGGACUGUCAUGAGGUCAUUCAGGCCAUGGACUGGUUCAAUUGCCAUGCUUGCAUCCCGCUCUUCCCGAAUGACAUUUCAUGGAAGGCUUGCACGGACCCUUGGGUGAAGCUGCCUUGGUGGGAGGGGGCACCUCCUCAGGAGUUACACUUCUACCUUGACGGUUCCUCAAUUGACCAUCAUGCAGGAGCGGCGGUCACUCUCUGGGUUUACGCGGAAGCUUGGCAAUGGGCUGGUGCACUCAUGCACAAGUUAGAUGAUGGCCGGAAUGCGUAUGAAGCGGAGGUGGUUGCACACAUGCUGAUGAUGAAAUGGGUGCAUGAUCUGUGGAGGACACACGGCAGACGGCAAUGCACACUUAUGGACACCGGGGUGAUCCUGGUAACGAGGCAGCAGAUUCUUUGGCCAAGUUUGCUGCUCUACAUCCUGGGGUUCAAGAAUCGUUUUGGCAAGGCUUCUGUUCGGAGAGUACAAUGGUUUUGGAUCUUAGCUCGACCUGAUCUACGAGAGUACUGGCAUGCAGGCCGCUUGCAGCCGCCUCAGCCUCAGCCAGAAGCAGAUGAGCAAGUGUUGCGAGAGCUGCGUGCCUGGCAAGCUUCAACCACACCGAAGUCCUCGUUAUGCCUGCAGUUGAAGACCGUCUCAUGCAAUGUCUUCACCCUUUCCAAAAAGUAUGUCUCUUCUUUGGCGGCAGCUGUGGGGUUCUUGGAUCAAUGCCAUGGCAAGGACAUUGCGGUGGUGGCCUUGCAGGAGACAAGAUUGAAGAGGACUCGUCUGGGGCACUCGGACUACAUCGUCGUGGCGCACCCUAGUCUGAAAGGCAAAGGUGGUGUCUUGCUAGCCUUGCAUCGGCGACUUCUGCGCAUCGAUGGUGAACAUGGACCAAAGGAGGCGCUUGCGGAGAAGCACAUUUCUGUUGUUGCGAGCACCCAUGAGUUGCUGAUUGUCAGAGUUUGGUACGGUUCUCUUGAUGUUCUGAUGGUUGUGGCACAUGCACCUCACACAGGACGCCCUUUUGCUGAAGUAGAGGCCUUUUGGGGUUCCAUUGCCACUUCCAUUCCUGCAUAUCUCAAAUCGAAUGACAUGCUGGUGUUUGCAGAUGCAAAUGGGCGGCUGGGCUCUCGGACUUCCGAGGCAGUGCAAGGAUGCAAUGCUGAGGAGGAAAAUCCGAAUGGAGCAUGUUUUCAUGAAUUUCUCCAAACUUGGCGCUUGUGGGUGCCGGCGACCUUCGAUGCCUUCCACACUGGGCCGGGCUUCACGUGGACGCAUCCUAAUGGGGGGCAGAGCCGGAUAGAUUACAUUGCUGUGCCUGUGCGGUGGUUCUUUUCAUGGACUGACCUCCAGCCUGCGCAUGGACAUCUUCACGAUCAUCAUGCUGUAUGUUUGGAGUUCCAAUGCCAUUUGGAAGGUCGUGAUGCUUGUCAGCAUGUGCAACGGCCGGUGUCUCUUCAGCAUUUGGGAGAAGCUGCAGUGGCGCAGGAGCAAAUGGCAAGGGUCAGCCACAUGCCGCCAAUCGAUUGGGCAAUGGAUGUGCACCAGCAUGCUCACGAGCUCACGAAGCGCUUUUCUUCUGGGGUUCAUGCAGUGGUUCCCAAAAGAUUGCCCUUUCACCGAAAACUUCAUUUCUCGGCAGUGACUCGCAGGGCUAUUCUGCACAAAGCCCAUCUACGCGGUCGUCUCCUUCGAUUAGAAUAUGGGAGACGGCUAUUGCUUCUGCGGGCUUGUUUUGCUGCUUGGAGAACCAAUGAAACUGAGAUGGGGCAGAUGUUGACAGACAUGGGUCAGGAGGAUAGACAUCUGGCAUGCACUUGGGUGUCUUUGUUCUUGACCUUUCGUCGGGUGCGAAACAGUGCGACAGCUUUGCAGCGCUACGACACACAGGUGUUCUUUGAUGCCUUGAAGGAUGAAUGGCACAAUUGUGAUCAACCUGGGAAAACCAAAGAGCUUUGGACCCUGGUGAAGAGGCAUCUUCCGCGCCACAAGACACGUCAGCAUGCUCGCCCGGCAGUUCAGCAUGAAGAACUUAGGGAUCAGUGGAGGCCUCAUUUAGAACGGCUUGAGGCUGGAGCUUCUGUGCGCUUGGAAACUCUAUACCAGGAGCUACUCAGUGAUGAUCCUCCAUUUGAGGCCAGCAUGCAGAUGUGUGCCUUAGAAGAGAUUCCUCCCCUGGUUCAGGUUAAAAACUCAUUGCGGGCCACACGGCCGGGGAAAGCGGCUGGGCCUGAGGGGCUGCCUUCUGAAUGGAUUCAUGCAGGUGCUGAUUCUUUGGCACCAUGGGUCUUCGAUCUGAUUCUCAAGAUGAUCCUCACGACCCAAGAACCCAUCCCAUGGAAGGGCGGGAUCCUUCAGGCGUUUUCCUACUUCGGCUGA